AAAAUGAAGUAUUCUAGUUCUCUUAGCCGUUGCUAGGGCUCAGCUAGCUUCCUAACUGUUCCAUCAAUUUUCCGUUUUGAUUUUUCAGCAACCAAACAGAUUCUGCACAAGAAAAUCUCAAUUGCAUACAUUUGGAGGCCUUCUGAUGGAGAUAUCAAGUGAAAAUCCACAGGAUUCAACCAUUUCUUCCAGUGAUGCUGAUCAAAACCAUGAUAGUGUGGUUCCUGUUCUCUUAAAUCAUGGAAGCACAGAAUCUGACCAGGACAUCCCUGAAGAAGAAGGUAGAGGCAUAUUGGAAGUCAUGGCAUCCACCGGAAAGUUUUGGCAUGAUUGGGACAAACUGAAGAAUUUGCUAUCCUUCCAGUUGAAGCAGGUCCUGUCAGAGUAUCCAGAGGCAAAAAUGACUACUGAUGAACAAAAUUCAUCAUUAGGAGAGACCUACCUGGAUUUGGUGAAAAGGUUGGAUGAAGUUCUUCUUAGCUUUAUUGAAGGACCUCCAUUUACCUUGCAGAGGCUUUGUGAGAUCAUAUUGGAUGCACAAAGCAUUUAUCCGUAUCUUUCAAAGCUUGCUCUAGCACUAGAAAAGAAUUUGUUGGUGACAUCGACUUUGGCCAUCUGCACCGACCCAUAUCCAACAACACUGGUGCAAAAACCAGAUGAACCACCAGAGAAAGGAAGCGAAGAACCAGUGCAGCACCAUGAUUCGGUUCAAAAUGGGGUUGAAGCUGAACCAACGCAAGGAGACAAAGAUGAAAUAAUGACUGAGGUGGAGGAGGCAGACAUUGAAGAAGACAUGACCAUCGACAUGGAAGCCCUUGAAGAAAUAGUUGUUGGAUCAUCAGAAACAAAUUCCACACCCCCCACCAAUUCUUAACCUUCCGGUGAGUCCUUUCUCCAUCACUUCACUUCUACAACACACUUAAAGCCCAUACAAUUUCCUCUUAUAGUGAGAAAUACACAGCCUCCUUAUGUUGUCAGUUUCUGAUCAUGGAAACCACAGAUCGUUUCCAUAGAUAAGUCCUAUUUAUAUUGCUUGGAUACUCUUAUCUAUAACACUGCCAAUGGUGAGGUAUCUUAAGUUGAAAUCAGUGUUAGGUCUUGACGACUCGACUUCGUCUGCUGAGAAGAUGGGGAAGAAGAAGAUGAAGAAGAAGAAGAAGGAAGAGGAAAUUCUGAAUAAGGUAAGGGAAUUUAAAAUCCAGUGGAUGAUGGGAUUGUUGUUCUUGUAUUGUAUUUUAAUACCAGUACAUGGGUGCAUGUUUCCUUACAUACCGUGAAGAACUUGUUGGCUUCUGGUUUGAGAAUAUAGUUUGUGGAGGGGUUCUUA